AUGGCGAGGACUCCAGCGAUCGUCGCGGUGGUGCUGAUGGCGGCUGCGGCGGCCCAGCUGGCGAGCGCCGGCUUCCCUAACCAGUACUGGCCGGCGCCGUCGACCCCGAGCCCGAGCGUGCCCUCCACCGGCUUCCCGACGUACGGCUGGGAGAACGCCCACGCCACCUUCUACGGUUCCGAAAGCGGCCUCGGCCACGACUUCGGUACGUGCAUAGCACACCCUUAA